AUGGGGACCAGCUUUGCUGUGCCCCAACACUUUGGGGGAAUUGGGGACCAGGGUGCCAUGGAGGGGGGCUGGGGCAGGGGGCUGGUGCUGCCGGAGCUCCGGCUGUUCCCGCUGGAGGAGCCGCCUGUGCUCCGGCUCCAGAGGAAUAUUUUCCCCCUGACGCCGGAGAAUUCCUGUGGCAGUGGACCCAUCCAACUGUGGCAAUUCCUGCUGGAACUGCUCACUGACAAGUCCUGUCAGUCCUUCAUCAGCUGGACGGGCGAUGGCUGGGAAUUCAAACUCUCCGACCCAGACGAGGUGGCCAGGAGAUGGGGCAAGAGGAAAAACAAGCCCAAGAUGAACUACGAGAAGCUGAGCCGGGGGCUGCGUUACUACUACGACAAGAACAUCAUCCACAAGACGGCGGGGAAGCGCUACGUGUAUCGCUUCGUGUGCGACCUGCAGAGCCUGCUGGGCUACACCCCCGAGGAGCUGCACGCCAUGCUGGACGUCAAACCCGAUGCUGACGAGUGAGGAGGACCCAGGGCCACCCCCUGUCCUCCCGGAGAGCCUUUGGGACUGUGUUGGUGCAUUUUUUCCCCGCGUUUUUUGCCGUUCUUUUUGCCGUUCGUUACGUUGCGUUUUUUUCGGGAGCGACUCGGAUUUGAUGCUUUGAGGGGGUCGGGUGGAGGAAGAGGAAAACUUUUGGCCAAAGUUUGGGUCAGAGUUAGGAUGGGCUUUGUGGUUGUUUCCUGCAAGCUCCAAGACAGGCUUUUUUUGGGGCGAAAUUCUCUCCGUUCGUUGCGUUGUUUUUUUUUUUUCGAGAGCGACUCAGAUUUGAUGCUUUGAGGGUGUUGGGGGAGAGGGUGGAGGAAGAGCCAAAUUUUGGCCAGUUUGGUUCAGAGAAGGAUGGGCUUUAUGGUUGUUUCCUGCAAGCUCCAAG